CAAACCUGCCACAAGCUGACUGCCUUCGCAGCUCUACUGAACUUGGCGCACACUGCAGCUCUCCUAUUCUAGGAGGAGGAGGAAGAAAGAAACCGUGCACAUCUCUGUGGGAGACCUCCAAACGAGACCUGCCCUCAGUCUUAGAGUGGCGCUGAUAUACAAACACAUUCACACAGCCCAUUCACUCACACACACACAAACUGCUCACAUAGACGCACACACACACACACACACACACACACACACACACACACACACACACACACAUCCACACGCGCAGGAGCAAACAGUAUCUCUCCCUUUCUCUCUGUCGAGCUCACCCACCCUCCCUCAACCUCCCUUCCACACACACACACACACACACACACACACACACACACACACAUACACACAUACACACAUACACACACUUUCUUACACAUUCACACACACACACUCACACACACACACACACACCACUACAGUAUAUCAGCUCACGACUAGAGGAGAGACGGAGGGGAGAGCAGAAAUGAAUGUGAAGAUCCUGACGCUGGUGAUUGUGCUGGUGCUUUCUCUGCUGUGUUCAGCCUGUGCUGGUCCAGUGACCUCCACCGAGCAUAGCAAGGAGCUGGAGGAGGAGGGUAACAUGAAGACUCCUGUGCGUCAGAACCCUGCCCGAGCUGGCCGGAACCAAAGACCCCCUGGCUGGAGGAGGAGGCGCCCUCGACCUCGCCUGUCCCACAAGGGGCCCAUGCCAUUUUAGAUCAAGGCACUGCUUCAAGCGCCCACCCCUUUGGUUCUGAUUUCAAUGCUCUUCCUUUGUCUUAGGGAGGGCCCUGUAACAAGGGGUCUUUCCAGCCCAGCCUGAAGAGUGAUGUCCAUAGCACCUGCUGGUUCUUCAAGAAACUCUUCUUCUGUCCACAAAAUACCAGGACAAGCCACUCAUCCUCAGCUCCAUGAAGAAUUGUGGGCCAGGAAUGGGGUGGGGGAUAUAGAGCUCGAGCUAUCAGAUUUUAUCUCUGUCUGUCCAUCUCUCUCUCUCUUUCUCUCUCCUCCAGUGUUUUUUCCUCAUUCACUUUCUGAAGCCCUUUGACUGCCACACUUUGCAUGAUGUGUGAGCACUGAGAAGCCUGGUCCAAAACAAUCUUCAUGCAAAAGUGUCAGGUUUUUUUUCUUCGAGGUGUGCUACCCCAUUCUCUGCUGUGUAAAGAUGCCCUUUUGUUCCAGUGCUGUGUUGUGGCAAAUUCUGGUGUAAACACAAUGUGAUAUGGGAAGGAAGUGACAGGGAUAUGAAGGAAAGGCACUAUUAAAAACACCAUCUCUUUAUUCAUUUCCAUCUUCAGACAAAGGUAACCAGUUCAUUUUACCUUAUGUCUGAAAAAAGUAGCUACAACACACUAUUUUAUCUGAUUUUAGCUACCACUGCUGAUUAUAAUAAUUACCUCUAAACUUUGUUGCAUUUUCUUUGCAUUAUCUAUCAAGACUAUCAUCAGGUGUCGAGUAAACAAAAAAAAAAAAACAACUAUGAUAUAUGGAUGACUGCAUUUUAUCUUUUUUUUUAUUUAUUUAUUUUUUUAUCAUUUACACAACUUUUAAGGAUUAUUCCUCCUAAAGGUUUUGCUAUCCAGAGCGUAUUAUGCAUUAUCCUAUAGAUACCCAACAUUGCAAUGUUUAAACCACAGUGUCUCUUUAUAGGAUUGCACUACUCUACUAACCAUGUGUCAUGUCUGUCAUCCUCCCCCACUCUUCACCUCCACCACAGCAGACAUACAUGACUGUUAACUGGCUGGGACAAGCCAGCCUGCUCAGCAAACCACCUCUCCUUUUUAAUGAAGUGCCAAAUAGGAAAUCUAUAAUGCGAUGCUGCCAUGAGAAUGAAAAAAAAGAGAGAAACAAACCUUACCUCUUAUUUAAGUUUUGAAACACCUAAGCAUAUGUAUGUAUAACACCAUAUUUGUUCUGACAUCCAACUUAUAAAAACGGUAGCAAAAAAGCAUAGUUAAAAAACCAAAUCAGACCAAAAAUCUUUCAAAUCAGACACUUCUUGAAAAUAUAAUAGUCUGUUUUUUUUUCAUAACAACCAGUAGUGCUCUCUUCUCUGACUGCUGUGCUAAAGGCUGAAUUGCCCCCUAAGACAGAGAUAUUUGAUUGACACAAUAAUAUGCCUUUAUUUUUUUCACCAUUAGUGGAACUUAUUACUUUUUUAAUGUUUUUGAUUAUGUCUUUGGUUCAAAUUUUUUUUUUCUCAGGGUGCUGUGAGAAAUGCCUGUACUGGAAUUGUCUAUAUUUUGUGCAUUUAUUUAAGAAACACACAUACAAACAUGCUUACACAUGCACUGUUCAGUACAGAGAACAACAUAUCUAUGUUAUAUUAUAUAAAUG